AGACUUACAGACAACCAGGUGGACAGACUUACAGACAGACAAAUAAGCAGACAGACGGACAGAUAAAUAGAUAGACAGGUGGACAGACAGGGGAUACAAACAGAUGGACAUAAGGUACAAACAAACAGACAAAAAAAGACGUAUAGACGGACACACGGGACGCACUUACAGACAGACACACAGACAGAUCGCGCGCGCGCUCCCGACGCUCGGCGGCGCGUGCGCGAGACCUCGGCGCGUGCGCGUUCUCGCCAUACAAAACAAAGCUCCUGCACCGCUUUGACUCCGAUGCUUUUUCAUUUCCUUUCGUCCGUUUAGAUUUUUCUACAGACCGCAAACUGGAUCUACAUACAGACGGAAAUCCUCCUCGGGGAGGCAAAAUGGAUUUACACGUAGUGUAAUAAAAAGCGUUCGAUACACCUGGAUCGGGGGAGUAAAGAAAACCCCGAGCGUCAGGAGGUGGUGGUGGUGGAUGUUUUGAUGAAAUAGCGCUUUGAGAGCUUUGUCUUGGGCCGGGGUGCAAAGCCAGCGUCCGGGGAACAGGGGGGAAAAUAAACACACCGAGCGACCGAGAUGUUGUUACCGAAAAUGCUUCAUUAAACACGGUGGACAUUAAGGGAAUAAUCUCCUUUUUUAAAUUAAUUAUUCUUCUCAUUUCGCCUGUUGUCUCCAUCGUGCUUCUCCUCGGCGACAUGGCGGAGCAAAGCUACUCUUGGGCGUACUCCCUCAUCGACUCCAGCCAGGUGUCCACCUUCCUCAUUUCCAUCCUCCUCAUUGUCUAUGGCAGCUUCAGAUCAUUAAACAUGGACUGUGAGAACCAGGAAAAGGACAAGGAUGGAAAUCCCACAGCCAACAGCUCUUUUAACAACACCAACUCCAACAACAGUAUUCAGACCAUCGACUCCACACAGGCUCUGUUCCUCCCAAUCGGAGCUUCUGUCUCACUCCUCGUCAUGUUCUUCUUCUUUGAUUCGGUCCAGGUGGUCUUCACAAUCUGCACUGCAGUUCUGGCCACUAUAGCGUUUGCGUUCCUGCUGUUGCCGAUGUGCCAGUACCUGACGCGACCCUGCUCCCCGCAGAACAAGAUUUCGUUUGGCUGCUGUGGCCGCUUCACGUUGGCCGAGUUGCUCUCGUUCUCUCUCUCCGUCAUGCUCGUCCUCAUCUGGGUGCUCACAGGACACUGGCUCCUCAUGGACGCGCUGGCGAUGGGUCUGUGUGUGGCGAUGAUCGCCUUCGUGAGACUCCCGAGUCUGAAGGUGUCCUGUCUGCUCCUGUCCGGGCUCCUCAUCUACGAUGUGUUCUGGGUCUUCUUCUCAGCCUACAUCUUUAACAGUAACGUGAUGGUGAAAGUGGCCACGCAGCCGGCCGAUAACCCGCUGGACGUCAUCUCCCGUAAGCUGCACCUGGGCCCCAGCAUGGGCCGUGACGUGCCCCGCCUCUCGCUGCCGGGCAAGCUGGUGUUCCCGAGCUCGACGGGAAGCCACUUCUCUAUGCUGGGUAUCGGCGACAUCGUCAUGCCCGGACUGCUGCUCUGCUUCGUGCUGCGUUAUGACAACUACAAGAAGCAGGCGAGCGGCGAGGCGGCGAGCCCCGCUAACAUGUCCGGGCGCAUGCAGCGCGUCUCCUACUUCCACUGCACCCUCAUCGGCUACUUCGUGGGUCUGCUGACUGCGACCGUGGCGUCUCGGAUUCACCGUGCCGCUCAACCCGCUCUGCUGUACCUGGUGCCCUUCACCCUGCUGCCUCUGCUCACCAUGGCCUACCUGAAGGGCGACCUGCGGCGCAUGUGGUCCGAGCCUUUCCACACCAAGACCACCAGCUCCCGGUUCAUGGAGGUAUGAUGGCCAUGAGUGAGAUGGGCAACACUCAAAUCAACUCAUCCUCAACACAUACAGAGAGAGAGGGAGAGGAGCGAGAGCAGGAAGAGGAGGGGGGGAGUCGCACUCGUCCAAUCGUCUCCUUAUUCGUUCAGAUGGAGAGCAGCUCGACUUCACUGCCAGAUGGAUUCUGCUCAGCACAUUCACUCACCUUCUCUUUUACAGACCACUUCUUUUUCCUUACCAUCUCUCUCUCUCUCUUUUUCUCUCUCUCUCUUUUUCUCUCUCUCUUUUCUCUCUCUCUCUCUCUCUCUCUCUCUCUCUCUCUCUCUCUCUCUCUCAUCUCCCCAUUGGGUCCCUUUUGGACUGAGAGGACACUCCUUAAUCUAAAGACUUGUCUUUACGGGACACAAGCCGGCGCUCGUUGAGCUCCAUGUGAUGAUUUUUUUUUCUAAUCAGCGUCGUUACGGAUUUGCAUUACGGAGUGUUGGUGUGUUUCUGUUUUUGUUUGUUUGUUACUUUUGUUUUUGAACCACGGACAAGACGCUGAGACGGUCUCAGUUUAGGACAGUGACGAGCCUGAGGGGACCAACACAUACGUAAACAAACGCGCACGCACACACACACACUCGCAUAUACAAGGUCACAGAUGCUUUUCUGCUUCUCGUCUCUUUCUCUCUGUCUCCCUGUCCCCCCCCCGAUGUCCACUUUACAGAUGUGUGUUUUUUAUUUAGAAAGAUUUUAUUCUUGUCAUAUACAGAAACGGCGCAUUAUGAAUCGGAGCGUGUCCUCGCUGUUGAGAAGGAAAUGCCCCCUCUAUGUAUAUAUGCGUCCACAUGUAUUAGGAUUAUCAUGUUGGGUGGUGUGUGUGUGUGUGUGUGUGUGAUCAAAUACGAGUGUGUGUGUGUGUGUGUGUGUGUGUGUGUGUGUGGGGUGCAUCCAAAAGAUGCACCAUAUUCGUGUUUCCUAAAUCGUUCCCUCGUUUAAAGGAAUAGUUUGAUGGACAUUUCUUCGCUCCAAAAGACGCGUGUCCCAGCACAGCCCCCGUCUCCGAUCAGCAGCUCGUCAACACACCGGUUCCGACACGCUGUGGUUUCAAUCCUAGCAAAUCGUUCACUUGGAUGAUCGAUAUUUCCCUUUUUUUUUUUUUCCUUUUUCUUCAAAUAGAUGAUUGUUUUAAUUAACUAGUAGCGUAUCGAGUUUCGGCUCUUCGGUCCGCACGCUCGGUUAUGGGAGUUUGACACAGCAUUCAUUCCGACCGAUUAAAGAAAUCCCAAUACGCAAACACUAUUCCAAUAUUCCCGUAAUCGCACGCGGCGUAAAAACGAACCGAAAGUACGGUGUUUGAUUUGAAUUCGGCAAACGCACUGAUCGGGCUAAAACAAUUAACGGAGUCUGCGAGUUUCCGAGUUUUCCGAGUCAGGAGCCUGAGAGAGAACGUGUGUUUAUAGCUGCUAUUAGGUAAAAGGGAACAGGAACUAUUUUGUCUCUAACACGGAUUUCUGAUUGUAGGGGGUUAAAGGGACGUGCAGCUCAUUAACGAGUCCAAAAUAAAUGUGCCGCACCACCCAGUGUGGAUUAUUUUUCCCGAAUCAGCACGACCCCAUAGCGAACUGUGCACCACACGUUUUCUUUUUUUUUUUUAGGAUGUAGGUAAGUAGGGAGGGACUGAAGAGUGGCAGGGGCUUCAGUUCCUGAUUGUGUGUGUGUGUGUGUGUGUGUGUGUGUGUGUGUGUGUGUGUGUGUGUGUGUGUGUGUGUGUGUGUGUGUGUGUCUCUGACAACUGAAUGGCAUUACCUCGGUUAAAUGAGGUUCAGACUGGUGCUCUUUCAGUCGAUUGCGGGCGUUGUUUAGAUGCAGUGCGGCUCGGAGGCAUGUGCCGACGAUGGUGACAAACCUCCGGGUCCCGAUUACGGUGUUCUGUUCGUCGAGGCGGCUUCUUUAAUCCCACCUGUAAUAAGAAUCCAACAGAAUUUGUGUUUUAAUAUUACAUGUACAUGAAAUAAUGCGGUGAAUGGCUCAUGCCUCAUGGCUUACAUCUGAAUUCCCCUGUUAAUUUCAGUAUUUUGGACGGUUAUUUUGGCCCAAGAGACUGAAAUCGUGUGUGUGUGUGUGUGUGUGUGUGUGUGUGUGUGUGUGUGUGUGUGUGUGAAUGCAGAUUGCUGGUUUGUCUGUCCAGGUCUUCUUUAGUUCUUUUUUUUUUUUCUUUUUCCUGUUACCCGUUUCAUUAUUUCUAACUCUGAGUUGUCUGGUCUUGCAUGUGAAGUGUACAGUGUGUCGUCGUUCAGAAAGCCCACGGCAACACUGCGACACUCGGGCACGCGCAGGGCUUUGGCGAACGAGAGUACGAUUGCACAAACAUUAGCGCUCGGGCGACGAAAAAAAGAAAACCCCCGGACGCUUUGGGCCCCCUGGAUCUCCGACAGGGACAGAGAACUUUUUUUUGUUUUGUUUUCUCCUGACCACGGCACGUUCCGAGGCAUCGCGGCUGUCGAAUUACACACAAUCCCCUUUCCGUGAUCCUCUGCUAGCUACACCUCAUAACACUCUGACACCAUUUCCAAAAGGGUUUUUUUUUUUUUUUAUGACAAGGUUCCUUCUUUUUUUUUUAUUUUGUCCCAUUGUUUGUGUUUUGUGUUUUUAUUUUAUAUAUAUAUUUUUUCUUGUCCUUCACUCCCUGCCAGCAGAGGGCGUCGGAUUGGGCUCCGUUGGCACAUUUGCGAUACGGCCAAAAGGAUUCUGUAUAAAAGUGGAUUUAAAAAAAAACAAAACAAAAAAAAGAAUAAAAUAAAUUAAGAACUGUGUAGUGACCUAUGGAUCCUGACGCGCUGUACCAUAAACGUUUUCACCUCCUUGAACCUGUUCCCCUUCAUCCGGUCAGGAUUCUGCUGUAAAUAAACGUGACUCUAACUGUA